AUGGCAAAGAUGGGUUACAAAGAAGGAAAAGGUUUAGGAAAGACAAAGCAAGGAGCUGUUGAACCGGUUGCUUUGUCUACUCAACGUGGUCGAGUUGGUCUUGGCCACAACAUUACCAAGACAGUCGGCCGUGACUUUUUGGAAACCUGGGAUGAGUCCAAAGAGGACAAGACCAUAGAAGAACAUGUGCGUUGGAUGCCAGUGUGCCCUGAAAGUACACGUGAUUGGGUUGUCGAUUAUCUUGAGGGCUCAGAAAUGGAAAAGAAAUUAACCAUUGACGACGAAACACACUUCUGCGAUGGUGAAAUUCUGCGAAGAAUGCUUGAAUCGAAAAAUGUGUUCGAUGUGGUUCCGGACAGGGAUCUUCGAGAAGCACGAGCACGAGCAAAUCCAUAUGAAACGAUUGGGGCGGCGUUCUUUCAAAAUCGAGCCGCUAUGAAAGUAGCGAAUCUGGAUCGAACUUUUAAUUUUCUAUUCAGUGGGGAAACCGAAGAAAGACUUCUGAGUAAAAAUCCUCUCAAAUCGGAGCGACCUACAAGUAAUUGCGAUCGAGAAGCACCUCUUUUCUACUUUGCCGACGUUUGCGCUGGUCCUGGUGGAUUUUCAGAGUAUAUGCUAUGGCGGAAGGCUUUCUACAAUGAAAUUUUAUCGAAACGUAUUUAUUUAUGCCAGUUAUUGGUUUCACUUUGCAUUGUUCGAGAAGGAGGAGUAUUCUUUUGCAAACUGUUCGAUGUUUUCACUUCAUUCAGUGCGGGUUUGAUAUACUUGAUGUAUAUCUCAUAUGAUCAAAUUUCACUGCACAAGCCUCAUACAAGUCGUCCAGCAAAUUCAGAAAGGUACAUAAUUUGUAAGGGAUUGCGGAAGAAUUACUCUGAUGCCGUGCGGGAUUAUUUAAAACGGGUUAAUGUCCAAUUGGAUGAGUUUGCGAAAGCAGGCUCGUCAAAGGACGUACUUGCUGUUGUUCCACUAGAAACGUUGCGGAGUGAUGAAGAGUUUUUCAAAUACCUCGUAGAACAUAACGAAAGGUUAGCCGAACGUCAGUCGACAUAUUUGCAGAAAUAUUUGAGUUUUGCCAGAAACAGCUCACUGAUUGACAAGGACCAGGGCAUACUUCGAGAAGAUUGUCUCAAACAUUGGUUGGUUCCUAACAAGACGUUAGACCGAAGAGAACGAGGUGCGGAACGCCAACAAAUAGAUCCUGAUCAGUACUUUGGGAGAUUCACGAGAAAGUUCUAUGGUCGCGAAGACUUCAGUGCGAGGCUACCACCGUUCGCUGCUACACUGCUCAGUGAACGAACAAUAAAAGAGCUCAGAUAUGCUGAGUUUUCCCUCAAACAUACUCUCAAAUCGAGCUUCAACACAGCCCGAACUUUUGAUCUCAACUGG